CCGUGAACCAGCAAGAAAAGAAUCGCUCUGCACUCUCUGGCCUGCGGCUCUUUUUAAAGCGCACCUCCGCAGCCACCAACCUGGUGGCAAUUGUUGUUUUGCUUCUCCUUCAUCUUCAUGGACGCUUUCGAAUCUGGUCUUUGCUAAGGGAUGAAGAGAUCGGUUGGGCUUCAGUUUCUUGUUGCUUCUGUUGUCGCUGUUGCUUUCAGAUGGGAGGUGUUUCUCGCUCAAGUCUACUCCUUCCCUGCCUAUGAAAUCUCUGCGCUGGCUGCAUUUAAACGCGCUGCGUUUGAGGAUCCUUUGUCGGCUCUCGCCGACUGGAAUCCCCUCGAUGGGAGUCCUUGCAAUUGGACUGGCGUUGCCUGCUCCGCGAAUCGGGAUUGCGUUGUUUCCCUAAAACUUUCGGGGUCGUCAUUGAAAGGAUUUCUCACUCCAGAACUUAGAUAUCUCGGUUGCUUGCAAGAACUGCAUUUGAGAAAUAACUUGCUUUUAGGUGCAAUUCCAACGGAAAUAGGGAUGCUGAAGAACCUUACUCUGUUAGAUUUGAGUGUAAAUAGACUCACUGGUCCUAUACCUCCUAUGCUUGGAGAAUUAACUGCCGUCACAAAAUUAGAUCUUCAUUCCAAUGGUUUGACUGGUAAGAUACCUCCAGAACUUGGUAAGUUGAAGAAUCUUGUAGAGUUGCGAUUAGACAGGAACAGGCUUGAGGGACAAAUUCCAGGAGUUACAAUGUCAAAUUUCUCAGCAACUUUACAUGCAAUGCAUACAUCUGAUAACAGAAGCAGCGCCCUUUGCCAUUCAGCAAAGUUAAGAGUGGGAGAUUUUUCCUACAACUUCUUGAUCGGACAAAUACCAUCAUGCUUAAAGUACCUUCCAAGGUCAAGCUUCCAAGCAAACUGUUUUGGAGAUAAAUACUCAGUUCCGCAGCGGACUCCUCAAUUAUGUACUGGUAUUUCCAAUAAAAACCAGGCAAUAACCAAGCAGACAAAUAAACAGUCUACCACAGGGAAUAUGCAUCGGAGUCCACAACAACCAGAAUGGCUUCAGAUUCUGGAGGCCACCACUGGAGUUCUUAUAGUUGUCUGCAUUAUCACAGGAAUCGGCACUGCAAUUAGGACUUGUAAGCUAAAAUCUUCUAAGAAAAUCCAUUGCAAAAAAGCUAAAAGUUGGAAGGAUGGUAGAAGGAUGUCAAUAGAUGGCGACAUAUUAAAAAAUGUCCUGAGGUUUAGCCGGCAGGAACUUGAAAUAGCCUGUGAGGAUUUCAGCAAUAUAAUUGGCACUUUUUCACAUAGUAUAGUCUAUAAAGGGACAAUGAAGGAUUUAACUGAAGCUGCUGUUAUCUCAUCAUGCAUCUUAGAAGACCAAUGGACAAACUAUCUCCAGCAAUCAUUUGAUAAUAAGGUAGUAGAUCUAGCUAGACUGGAUCAUGAGAACAUAGCAAAGUUACUUGGCUAUUGCAAAGAAAGUGAACCUUUUUCAAGGAUGUUGGUGCUUGAUUAUGCAUCUAACGGGACACUAUAUGAGCAUUUACACUAUGGUGAUGGAUCUCAGUUAUCUUGGAUCAGACGCAUGAAAAUAGUUCUAGGUGUUGCUCGGGGACUGAGGUACUUGCACACAGAGCUUCAGCCACCAUUUGUAUUGUCUGAAUUGAGCUCAAAUACAAUAUAUCUUACUGAAGAUUUUUCUCCAAAGUUGGUUGAGCUUGAAAGCUGGAAAAUUUUGUUCUCAAAAUCCAAGACGAAUUCUGGUUACAUUCCCAGUGGAGGCUUCCUUCCAGGAUACAAUUUUUCUCUUGAGCAACUAGAGAUGGAAAUACAAGGAAACAUAUUUGCUUUUGGAGUGCUUUUGCUGGAAAUAAUCAGUGGAAGGCCUCCAUAUUGCAAAGAAAGAGGGUGUCUGAUAAAUUGGGCCCCUGCAUACCUUCAGAACCCAGAAGACAUAGGAAAACUAGCAGACCCUGAACUGAAAAACGUGAAGUCUGAAGAUCUUGCGGUUAUAUGCAGUGUGGUUAGCCUCUGCAUCGAACCGGAUCCAACGAAGCGACCUUCAAUGCAAAUAAUAAGCGGUGUGUUGGAGAAUGGAAUUGAUCUGUCAGUAGCUGCCCUUCUCAAGGAGUCUCCUUUGGCAUGGGCUGAGCUAGCUCUGUCUUCCUAGUACUCCCUCCAUGUAAAACUACAUAACCCAUACGAAAUACCUUGUUUCAGCUUUAUUUUUGUCAUUUAUUAUCCCCUUAGAGUUGGAUAUACAAUUGUGCAUGUCUGCUGAAGCAGAAGUGGAUGCAUGACACUCAAGAUUUUGUUGUAUACCCUUCAUUGUUUGGUUACGUUAAAGCUCAUGCAAUGUGUGUGUUUGUGUGAGAGAGAGGAGAGUGUUUUCCUUUGAAGCUUAAAGCUCAUAUGUAUUAUAUAUAGCUGCGUGUGUAUCGAAUGGCUAGUUAAUGUUUUAUGUUGGAUCACUCUUAUGCAACUAUUGAAAUUUUAUUAUGAUUUGGCCAA